GAGAAAGAGGAGGGCGGGAUAGAGAAAGAGAUGCGAAGCUGAGGUGCGACUCGUGUCGUUUAGCAACGGGACUUGUCCAGAGGGGCACCCACGGCGUUCUGCGUGGGACCCUCCCUGUCACUACAGCGGUCCCCACGCGUCGCGCGGUCACGGCAAGGCUCGCCACACCGGCACUACUGACCUCGUUCAUCGACAGAUCUGUCACCGCAGAGGCGACAGGCUUGCCACGAACGAGAAAACCCCGGAAAUCAGUUCUUUAUGGCUGAAAACCGACCGCUCACACAUAUCAGUGCCUUCGUUGAUAAGAAGGUUAGAGCCAAAAAGGGACAUUAAUUCAGGCAGUUUGACCGUUUUCCGUUUGGACAACGUGGUGUGAUGUGAUCCACGCCGAGCCUGUAGUGAGGAAAUGCUUUGGACGUGAGGUAUAGGCAUCCUGUAUUUGGUUGAAGAAAGGACAACUGACUUGAAAAGAUGUUUAUGCUACACAGAUGCAAAUACGGAGAUUAUCUUUCAACAUAAAACUUUUAAACGGCGCGCAGAGUAGAGCACUCCCCUCGUGCCGUGGAACGCCAGCUCUGUCGCGCGGUGCAUGCAGAGAAUUCGGUGGAACAUGAGGAGAGGACGUGAGCUACGUGCGCACACGGGAGUAGACGACAUGACAUGGAGAGCUUGGGACAAACGGACCCUUUAAGUUUAAACACAAGCUCAUCUCGCAGACCCAACACGGACACGGGUCUUUUCACAUCGCCAGAGAAAGUCACAGUCACACAGACCAGCUCAUCCGAGCCCUCGCACCACGCGACCAGAGGAAUAAUGGGGCUUAACGCCUUCUGCUCCCCGCCGAAGGUCGGAACCUCAACGGCAGCCGAACUGCUGGCUGGGCUGGCUUCCAAAACCGUCGUUCCGGGGAUCGCUGCCUUUAGGAAGGAGGCUAAAACGGGCGUCCCACCGCCUCACAAUGGCGAGGUGGUCUCUCCUGCCUCUGCAACUGUGGAAGGAAACUGCACUGGUGACCUUCUGCCCUCCACCCCCAGUGGUCUGAUGACGCAGCUGGACGGGACUUUAGGCGAGACCCCCAACUGCCCCCAACGGCAAUCUCUGAGUCUAAGCAGCAGACUGAGAGCGCAGCAGCCGUUGGAAAGCUGUGUGGAGAGGACGUCAUCAUCAUCAUCAUCAUCAUCAUCAUCACAGGAUCACAAAUGCACCCCUCAGCUGCUCCUGAAAAGGGCCAACAACGGUGACAUUCGGUGCCGCCAGGCCCUGGCCCUACAGCAUCAGAGGCGAAGGGGGGACGGGGAGAACAGGGACAGGGACAGAGACGCGGCGGGGCUUGGGGCCGGUACAGGUCUCGGUACAGGGGCCGGGGUUUUGGCGGCGGGAGGGGCCGGAUUAUGCUCAGUGGGAGACUCAGGAAACCCUCCUUGUCUUGGCCUUGAGCAUUACUUCCCCCCGGACUGCAAGAAGAGGAGGCAGGACUGGAGCUGGAGCAGCGAGGCGGUGGCGGUGGCCCAGGGUGGGGAGGCUGCUGUUGGGGUCACAGGGCAGACCUGCGUGGGGGUCGGAGUCGGAGUCGGAGUCGGAGUGGGGGUCGGGGUUCAGAGCACGCGGACAGUGGUAGCCCCCCUCUCCGCCAGCAGCACCACCACAUACAACAACCAGGUAAACGUCCCCCUUAACACACCUGCAUUACCCCACCCACACCCACACCCCCAGCGCACACUCAACAGAUCCCAACACCCCACCGCAUACCACAGCCACAACCACAUCCACAGCCAUAGUCACGCUCCCCACCACCACCACCAACCAAACCACCUCCACCACCACCACCACCACCAGGGAAUCGCCACCACCAACGUCGUCAAUAGCUUCACGCCCGCGUUGACUCCAAGUGCCCUGCGAGGGCAGCUGUCCUCACCUGAAGCUCCCUCCACCUCCCCCUUCAUCCCCUCGUCCCAGCCCCAGGCUCCAUCUCCCGGGCUCCAGGGAGUCACUAACGUCGUCAGCAAAUUAACCAACACAGCGCCGAGUGCCUUGGCUGGGAAACCCUCCGCCCCUGAGGCCCCCUCUCCAUCCCCCUCCAUCCCCUCGUCCCUGUCCUCAUCCCUGUCCUCAAUCCAGCCCCAGCACCAGGCUCCGUCUCCCCACCACCACCAAGCCCAACACCACCAGGGACUCGCCACCAACGUCGUCAACAGCUUCUCCCCAUCACCGAGUGCCACGCCUGGGAAACACCUCGCCCCUGAGGCCCCCUCUUCGUCCCCCUCCAUCCCCUCGUCCCUGUUCUCAUCCCUGUCCUCAAUCCAGCCGCAGACUCCCUCCCCAGGGCUCUGCUCGUCCCUGUCCCAGCCCCAAUCCCAAGGUCCGUCUCUCGGGCUCUGCUCGCCCCUGUCCCAGCCCCAAUCCCAAGGUCCGUCUCUCGGGCUCUGCUCGGCCCUGUCAUCAAUCCAGCACCAAUCCCAAUCCCAAUCCCAAUCCCAAACUCCAUCUCGCGUCUCGGGCGUGUCCAAUGUCUCGGGUGGCGGGCUCUGCUCGUCCCUGUCAUCAAUCCAGCCCCAAUCCCAAUCCCAAUCCCAAGAUCCAUCUCGCAGCUCGGGCAUCUCGGGUGGCGGGCUCUGCUCGUCCCUGUCAUCAAUCCAGCCCCAAUCCCAAGAUCCAUCUCGCAUCUCGGGCCUCUCCGGCAUCUCAGGCGGUGGCGGUGGCUGGUCGGUGGAGCAGCUGGCGCAGUACAUCGUGCCCUGCAUGCGCCACUACGGCAUCUGCGUGAAGGACCGCUUCCUGGGGGCGGGGCUUGGCGAGCGUGUGCUGGCCGAGGUGGAGGACUUGAACCAGAGCGGACGUUUCCGUGGCGGCCAGCUGGUGAGCCAGAGCCAGCGCGGCAUUCCGUCGCGCAGUAUCCGCGGCGACCAGAUCGCCUGGGUGGAGGGCCGGGAGGCGGGCUGCGAGGCCAUUGGUCAACUCAUGGCGCAUAUCGAUGAGGCGGUGAUGCACAGCGCCAUCAACGGGCAACUGGGAGACUGUGUCAUCAACGGCCGCACCAAGGCCAUGGUGGCGUGCUACCCUGGGAAGGGGACGGGCUACGUGCGGCACGUGGACAAUCCCCAUGGCGACGGCCGCUGCAUCACCUGCAUCUACUAUCUCAACAAGGACUGGAACGCCAAGGUCCAUGGCGGUCUGCUUCAGAUCUUCCCCGAGGGGCGUAGCGUGGUGGCGAAUAUCGAGCCCCUCUUCGACCGGCUCGUCAUCUUCUGGUCCGACCGGCGAAAUCCCCACGAGGUCAAACCCGCCUUCGCAACACGCUAUGCCAUUACCGUGUGGUACUUUGACGCUAAGGAGCGAGCAGAGGCCAAGGAGAAGUACAGACUAGCUUCUGGCCAGAAAGGUAUCCAAGUGCCUGUCACGCAGAGCAAGACCUAACCAAGACUGGGAUCCAGACGACGCCAUUGGUGGACAGACCUAACCAACACACGACACCAUUGGUGGAGAGCCCUAAGCAACACCGGCAUCCGCACGGUGCCAUUGGUGGACAACAUUUGGAUCCGCAGCACGCCAUUGGUGGACAGAGCUAACCAAUAUUGGGAUCCGGACAAUGCUAUUGGUGGACAUUUCAGGAGAAGGGCCUUCCCCUGCUGCUAUUGGACAAUACAUUUGAAGGGGAGGGCACUAGCUCCACCCAGAACUCAUCUCUGCAUCUCUGAUUGGGCAGAGGAGACGCUUGCUCCAUGCUGAUUGGACACGGCUGCGUCUAUGGGGCCGAGAGAAGGAGCAGGACACAGAUGGAAGGUGAAGAAAGGAGGGAUGUGAGGGAGAGGAAAAGAGCAAAAAAGAAAGAAAGAAAGAAAGAAAGAAAGAAAGAAAGAAAGAAAGAAAGAAAGAAAGAAAAAUAAGAGGAUAGCAACUCAGGAGAUGACUAGCUGAAACGGUGGAAGACAUUUCACUUUAAAUUGACUGAAGAGCACUCGUCCCCAGACUUUUGUGUGUGUGUGUGUGUGUGUGUGUAUUUGUUUGUUUGUGUGUGUGUGUGUGUGUGUGUGUGUGUGUGUGUGUGUGUGUAUGUGUGUGUGUGUGUGUAUGUGUACGUGUGUGUGUGUGUGUGUGUGUGUGUGUGUGUGUGUGUGUGUGUGUGUGUGUGUGUGUUUGUUUUAUUUACAGCUCGUCAGUAAUCAUUGGCUGUGUGUGUAAACAGGAAUUGGCCACAGAGUGCAGUUCACUGCUAUCAGGCCUCCGAUCUCUAGGAAGCAACGCUGCUGCACACACACACACACACACACACACACACACACACACACACACACACACACACACACACACACACACACACACACACACACACACACACACGCAUGCACAGACACACAUGCACACAUGCGAUAAUGCUGCUGCUGCUGCUGCUGCUUCUGCUGCAAGCCCUUCUUACACACACACACAUGCGCACUGUGC